AUGGACACGGCAAAAGCAGCCAACCUGUAUGCCGCUUUUCCACCCAAGGGGUUCUUUGACUACGUCAAUCCGCCCGUGGGCAAGGGCCUCCCAGUUCCAGCCAUCUCACAAGGAUCGCUGCCACCACUGAUUGCUAUCCCCACCAUGGCAGGAACGGGAAGUGAAACCACCGGUGUAGCCAUCUUUGACGACACCAAGACACAAAGCAAAACGGGCAUUGCCAACCGACGGUUCGGCACCGUACCUACCGGUACUGGCAAGCUUUAUGUUUGA